GGCUAAAAAUUCUUUUUUCGUUCGCCCACCACCAAAUUCCGAGAGCGUGCGGUCCACAGCCUGAUUGCGCGUGUUCUGCUUUCAUCCCUACCCGGAAGUCCUGAGGGGCAUAGCCAUCUCGCCUCCUGGCACCGACGAGGAAGCCGCUUUGUGGUCAGAAACACCAAAAAGAAGGCGAAAGAGAAGGCAACUCCUUCAGAGAUCGCUGAACCGCCAUGAACGAUCAUCCUCGGCUGCAGAAUCUGCGUACAACUGCCCAACUUCUCCGACAAUCAGCCUCUUCUUUUACCUCCAAUCUCCUUACCUUCCUCUUCCUUUCUCUCCUUAUCUUGUCCUUCCGCACCUUCGUUGAGAACGGUACUACUUAUGUUACCUCUUUCAUUGAUCGUGACCCCUCCCUCAAAGCCCUUCUUUCACGCCUUGACCUCGCCGGAAACAGUAACCAGCAACGCCACCGAUCGCCCGAUGAUCCUUCGUCUAAGGGUUUGCGCCGCCAACGCCGCCGCCCCUUCCUACACCUCACCCGAGUUGGAACCCUAGACGAUGACUUUUUCUCCGGCGAUGACGACGAUGGUCGUAGUUUGUUCGGGCCCAACAGGAGCGCCCCUGAAAAUGGUACUUUUGUGGUGUUGGGCGCGUUUGGCUUGAAGUCAGUGUUCUCGGAUCAUGUAACUGAUAAUGGAAUUAGGGUGUCGGAAGUGGUUCGCUCUGGAGUUACAUUCAAGGCGGAAGGGUUAUCAUUUACUGAUGAUAAAGACAGCGAGGACGAGAACGAUAGCGGAAAUGAAAAGGUUGAUUUGGGAAAUGGUCAAGAUGUGGAUAAAGCCAUUGAUUUGCGUUUCUUUAUGAAGGGAUUGGAGCUCGGCCGCCGUGAUGCUGCGACUCUGUUUUUCCUCAUCAGUUUCUUAUCUGCGGCCUACGGAUGGGUGAUUUUAGUUUUUCUUGUUACUUAUUCAUGGGUCUUAGGCAUCGUCUUCAUUACUGUGGUCAAGGAUCUGUUAGGGAGGUAUAGUUCCAUCGCUGCGGUAAUUUGGGAUGGUUCCAGAUUGGGUCUUAAGAGGCUUUCAGGGUUUAUUCUGAUGAGGUGGGCGGUGAGGGACGCGUUGACUCAGCUUCUGGGGCUGUGGUAUUUCGGUGAUAUCGAAGAUCAGUAUUCUUUCUUCAAGCUUUUCGUUAGAUUGAAAUUAAUGCCAUUCUCAGUCAUGUCCCCAUGGGUUCGAGGGUUUGAGAAGCAGAUUUCUGGAUUCUUGCUUGCUUGGUUUUUUGUUGAUACGUUUGUCGCUUUUAUAUUUUCUGUUGAUGCCUGGGUUGCCAUAGUGGACUCUAGGAGGAGUGGGAGAGAAAUCGUGAAGGAAGGUUGUUAUUUGAUAUCUACAAUGUUGAACCAAGGCAUAAAAAUAAAAUGCUUGGAAGCAAUAUGUUGUGGAUCGUUUGUGAGAUGGGUUUUAGCUCGAAUUUGUGGGAGGUCUUUUGCUAAGAUGUUCCAGUCAACAAUGGAAGUUUACUUCAUGGUUGCCUGGCUGCUGUUUUACUUUGCGGCCAGGUGUAGGGAUGCCGAUUUACAGGGUAGGAGGUUUGGGCAGAGAGAACUUGAGGGCUUGAUUGAAGGUCGUAGAUGAUACUUGGAACUCAUCAAUUGUAAUGCUUAUUUUGCAGCAAUGUUCCACAGCUUUAUGUGUCCCACUUUUGUAGUCCCUGUUGACCAUCACUUCCAUUUUGUAGUUUUAUGACCAAUUAUGUGUUGUAUGUAUUUCACAGGAGGCAAAUAUACUACUUGUGUAUAUUCUGAAUGAGGAUAGUUCAUUUGUAAAUUGUUCAUGCGGUCACUUAUUAGCAGAACAAAAAGUUGGUGAUGAUAGUAGUUAGCCACACUAUAUGAUGAGAAGUAGAGGAUGGUAUUCAUUUUUCUCAAUGAAGGAGGGUGGCGUAUUGUCAUGACCACAUUAA